AUGAAUAUAGAAAAACAUCACCCUGUUCUUGAGAAAAAAUUUGUCGCAACGAUGUGUCUCAGAAAAGAACUUAGCAAUGUUCAAAAAGAGGGAAUUAUUAUUACAAAAAAAUUAGGCCAUUCAAAUUCCAGAAUCUCUGCAGUUGUUAGUUGCUCUCGUUCUUCUGUUUAA